UUUUCUAUGUACAACUCUUCGUUUCUUUGAAAACAUUGUUCUCUUCUUCUAAGAUUUUUAUUUUGCUAAACAAAAGAAUAAUCAUCAAGGUUAUGGCAGCUGAAGUAGGGAAGAAGGAAGAAAUGGCGAAGGUGAAAAUCACCAGCAAAAACCAUGUCAAACCUUGCAAGAUUAUAGGAAGAAAAGAAUGUCAGUUGGUCACGUUUGAUCUCCCAUAUCUGGCAUUCUAUUAUAACCAGAAGUUGUUGUUUUACAAGGGUGGAGAGUUUGAGGACAAGGUGGAGAAGCUCAAAGACGGGCUCAGGGUAGUUCUGGAGGAGUUUUAUCAGCUGGGAGGCAAGCUGGGAAAAGACGAGGAAGGGGUUUUCAGGGUGGACUACGAUGAUGAUAUGGACGGUGUUGAAGUCUUGGAAGCCACCGCCGAGGGGAUCAGCGUCGAUGAACUAGCGGCUGACGAGGGCACAAGCUCUCUGAAGGACCUGAUACCAUACAAUGGUGUCUUGAACUUGGAGGGUCAAAACCGGCCUCUGUUGUCUGUUCAGUUAACGAAGUUGAAAGACGGACUGGCAAUGGGGUGCGCGUUCAACCAUGCGAUCCUUGAUGGAACCUCCACGUGGCAUUUCAUGAGCUCGUGGGCUCAAAUCUGCAGCGGGUCGAACUCUAUCUCGGUUCAGCCAUUUCUUGAGCGGACCAAAGCCCGAAACACCCGCGUGAAGCUGGACCUCUCGCUCCCACCCAACCCUGUCGAGUCAACCAACGGCGAUGCCAACCAAGGCCCGCAACUCAGGGAGAAACUCUUCAGGUUCUCCGAAGCUGCCAUCGACAAGAUCAAGUCAAAAGUCAACUCUAACCCACCAUCCGACGGCUCAAAACCAUUCUCAACUUUUCAAUCUCUGUCUGUCCAUAUUUGGCAUCACGUAACCCAAGCACGUAACCUUAAACCUGAAGACUACACAGUUUUCACUGUCUUUGCAGAUUGUCGUAAAAGGGUCGAUCCCCCCAUGCCCGAAAGUUACUUUGGCAACCUGAUUCAAGCCAUCUUCACAGUCACGGCGGCCGGGUUAUUGCUGGGGAACCCGCCGGAAUUCGGUGCAUCAAUCGUACAAAAGGCAAUCGAAGCUCACAAUUCCAAGGCUAUCGAUGAGCGUAACAAGGAGUGGGAGGCCGCACCCAAGAUUUUCCAGUUCAAGGAUGCUGGUGUCAACUGCGUGGCUGUUGGGAGCUCUCCAAGGUUUAAGGUGUACGACGUGGAUUUCGGGUGGGGAAAGCCAGAAGGGGUGAGGAGUGGUUCCAACAACAGGUUCGAUGGGAUGGUGUAUUUGUAUCAAGGGAAGGCUGGAGGCAGGAGCAUUGACGUGGAGAUCACCUUGGAAGCUGGAGCAAUGGAGAAGUUGGAGAAAGAUAAGGAAUUUCUCAUGGAAGUCUAAUAAUAGUAGUAAUACUUUGUGUGAUAUCAUGCUUGGGGUAGCAUCAUUAUAAUUCUAUGAAAUGUCCUUGGUCAUUUUAAUUUUAACACGGAUUGAUGUAGAGAGAUUGCUAGCUAUUGUCACAUUUAUUUUGAAUAUAGUUACAUUUUCAUUGGUUAAAAUGAACUAAUCGAUAUAAAUGUGAAAAUGGUAGCCCCUUGAAAAGUCCGUGUUUAAAAUUAUAAAAUGAAGGCGGCAUUUUGUGGCAUACGCUUGACUUUGUUGGUUAGGUACGAGUUUGCUAUUGGUUUCGUGUUGAUAUAUAUAUAUAUAUAUAUAUAUAUAUAUUUAUGCUCUUGUGGCUUUAUGGAAGUAAUUGAUAAGA